UUUUUUAAAGCGGUGGCUCGAGCAGCUUUUUCACAAACGACGACUUCACUCGCAAACAUCUCGAUCCCGCUCGUGCUCUAAGUUUCCAACCGCCUCUUAAUAAAAUGUGCAGGUGGUGUGCGGUUGUUCCUUCAGCGUCGUCUACGAUGUGUGUGUGGAGGGCUGGACCGGCCUUAGCGUUAGCUGCGUCGAUACAAUAAAAAAAAAAAAAAAAAGUUGAAGCUCCUCGAUGUUCAGACUUGCGGCGGCGGGAGCGCGCGCGCGCGUCCCCGUAGCGGCGCAGUGAUGGCAGGGGCAGAGCCGACGACGCUCAUAGCGGAAUGAGAAGUCGUCGGGGAUGGCGGACAAACCCCGACCGGUGGUCGUGAAGCUGUUCGCCGCCGGGUUCUACGGCAUAAGUUCGUUCCUCAUCGUCGUGGUGAAUAAGAGCGUCCUCACCAACUACAGGUUCCCCUCCUCGAUAUGUGUCGGAAUCGGACAAAUGUUGGCCACCGUGGUCGUGCUGUGGGUGGGCAAGGCUGCGAAGGUGAUCAGCUUCCCGGACUGUGACGGGAGUAUCCCUCGCAAGACAUUUCCUCUACCUCUUCUCUACGUGGGAAAUCAAAUCACCGGCCUGUUUGGAACCAAACGGCUCAACCUGCCGAUGUUCACUGUCCUCAGGAGGUUCUCCAUUUUAUUCACACUGCUGGCGGAGGGAUUUCUGCUCAAGAAGAAAUUCUCCAGGCCGGUCCAGCUGACGGUAUUUACGAUGAUCCUUGGGGCCUUUAUAGCCGCAAGCGCUGACUUGUCCUUUGACCUGCAAGGCUACGUGUUCAUUCUCCUGAACGAUGUGCUGACUGCAGCCAAUGGAGCCUAUGUGAAACAAAAAUUGGACGCAAAGGAGUUGGGGAAAUAUGGCUUGCUGUAUUAUAAUGCCUUACUUAUGAUAAUCCCCACUCUGCUGUUGGCUCAUCUGACCGGAGAUAUACAGAAGGCAGUGGAAUAUGACGGUUGGUCUGAUAUGCUCUUCCUCACCCAGUUCAUCCUCUCAUGUAUCAUGGGGUUUGUUCUGAUGUAUUCCACUGUGCUGUGUACACAGUACAACUCUGCAUUAACAACUACGAUCGUGGGCUGCAUCAAGAAUGUCCUGGUCACGUACAUUGGGAUGGUGUUCAGCGGAGACUACAUUUUCUCUUGGACUAACUUCAUAGGUCUAAAUAUCAGUAUCGCUGGCAGCUUGGUCUACUCCUACAUCACGUUCACAGAGGAGCAGUCCAGCAAAACCAGUGAAAGCAACAAGCUGGACAUCAAGGGCAAAGUGGUUGUAUGACAGAGACACUGGAUUUGAUAGUUUUUUAAUGCUGAUGCACAGGAAAACUCUAUUUUUAGUACGACUUUAAUUUAUGGACUCUUUUAGUCGCAAAGUGGAGGAGGUAUGGCGCCAUGGUGAAAGUCAUGCCUUCACCAUGACUCUUUCUGCUGUGGCCAACCCUGCCGUGAUUAUCAAACCCUCCGGGGGGAUUGUGGGUUGAUCUUUUUAGAUUGUGUUUUCUUUUAAAAUAUUUGUAUUUUGAUACUGUACUUGUGAGUAUUGCGAAGAAGGGAACCGUGGAAGCAGUGUUAUUUAUCUUGCAUUUCCCAAAGAGCUGGACAGACUGAUCGUUAAAUGUUGGGAGGAUGUAACGUUUCCUGAACACAGGAGUGGACAGCUGGGAUGAGCGAUUGUUUGAAGCAUGGGUGUGUACUGACAAAAAAGUGGGGAAAUUAUGUAAAACUUAUUUUUAAGGCACAAUCCUUUUUUUCCGUUUUGCUGUUUACAAAAAAAAUGUAACUUUAGUUGCCUUCUCAGAACAGUGAGAUGCACUGACACUGUCAUAGUCUGUUAUUUCGGUCUUCAGUACAUUUUUGUAAUUUUUGCGUAUGCACUGUUACAGUAAUAAGACGGAACGGUUAGUGAUAGUGAUCUAACUUCCUCCUUCACACAACCAAAGUGGACGGACGGGCAGUUGGCUGUCGAUUCCCAUCAAGGAUUGUGGCUUUAAAUAAUGUUGCUGCCUCAUUUUGGGAGUUAAUAUAAAGUUAACAGUUUACAUUUUUGCUCACUCAGAUUAACAGAAUGUUUCCUGUGGCUGUAGAAGAUGAUUCUCUCUGCAGAAUUAACAAACAAGGGGACCCAUUUCUUUUCUCGCAACAGUGUUAUCGCACUUUUAACUGAGCUAGCUCCUGCUCAAGGGUGGAACUGAAUUGCCUCACCUUUGUUACAUUUAUAUGUUGAAUAUGAGAUUAAUGUACUUUCCUGAAAUGUACAUUUCAGGUUAUUUCAAGAGAACAAGGGUUAUCUUAACAUUUAGUAGUCGAGUGUUGUUGUUUUUUUUACAUUUUUAUCUGCAUCGUUUUAUAUUUAUUACCUUUUUAGACUAAUAUCUAUUUUAUAGACGGUGUUGCUCGUAAAGUGUGGAUGCUGUUCUCAUCCCAAACACAGUAACCACGGAUUUGUAGCUGAAACACAAGUAUGUAUUUUUUCAUUAAAGGAACCUGUUGACACAA